AAAUUUCUAUGCAAAUAUUAAAAUAAUUAAUAAUGGCACAAAAUUCAAAACGUGCACAAGCAAUACUACAAGGUUUUCAAGUUAAUUGGAUGAAUUUAAGAGAUGUGGAUACUGGUAAAAUAUAUUGGCAGGGAUCUGAAGAUUUAAGUGUACCGGAUGUGGAGCAUGAAGCUCGGGUACCGAAGAAAAUAUUAAAAUGUCGAGCUGUAUCAAGAGAAAUUAAUUUUAGUUCUGUCGAAGAAAUGACUAAAUUACGUUUAGAACAAAAAGUAUUAUUUAAAGGACGAUGCCUCGAAGAAUGGUAUUUCGAAUUUGGAUUUGUAAUACCAGGUUCAACAAACACAUGGCAAAGUUUGAUAGAAGCUGCACCUGAAAGUCAGAUGAUGCCUGCAAAUGUUUUAAAUGGUAAUAUUGUUAUUGAAACCAAAUUCUACGAUGAUGAUCUCUUGGUAUCUACUUCAAAAGUUCGGCUGUAUUAUAUUUAAGAAGAAAUCUCAUGAACAAAUUUAUUCCAAGUUAUUCUUAAUUCAAACAAAAAUUCUUUUAAAAUGUAUACGAAAUUAUUUCGAAAAGGUCAAUCAUAAAAUUUAUAUUUUCCAUAUUUCUACUUGUCGUCCAGCCUUCAACAAGCAAUAAUUAACUUUUACUAGAAUGGAAGUGUCUUUAUUGAACAUUGUCGGUAACAGAUUGUCUUAUGUAAAUUUGUCUAAAGUUGUACCUUUUUCUACCAAUAGACGAAAUCAUAUCUAUCGAAAGAUUUUCUAGUAUUUUAUAUCAGAUACAUUUUGAAUAGUUCGGGUUGACAUGCGAACGUAUAAUCGUAUGAUAAAUGAGAAUUUUCAUUGCCGUUGCCGAAAAAUGAAGACACUUCCAAAAACCGAGUCAAAAUCAGUUAUAACGACAUUGAAGGGAUCAACAGUCGUUAUAAGUGAUAUGUACAUUUUUGUAUUAAAAGGAAAGUAUGUGCAUAUUUUCUCAUGUUGGAUCAAUUUUAAUAGAUCGUCACUAUAAUCGAUUUAUGCGUUAAUAAGGUCCAAAAUAAAGUUAAAAUGUUCAAAAUAAAUUGUAUAGAGUUCAGAAUAGUAUUGUAAUGUUGUAUUUUUGAAUUGAUAAAAUGUGUAUGCGCAUGCGUCGAUUGUUAUAGCCGAUAUAUCAGCCGAUAAUGAUUAUUGGUCGCUAUAGUCUUUAUAACCAAUAUUGUUAUAGCUCAGGGGUGACGAAUCUUGAUCACGAAUGACUGAAUCUUGGUGAUCGGUGGCGUGCCCAAAAUACUGUAUCACGUUCCAUUGGUUCGCCAUCCCUAUAAUAUAGUCGAUAGAUACAUAUAUGUGUUUGGGAUUCAGCCGGGACCUUUUAAUUUCGUCGUUACAAUCGAUUUUGACUUUAUCUCUAUACCUGUAUAGAUUUUCGAAUAAUUUUUUUAUUUGGAUAUGAAAAAUGGUAUGAAUUUGGAGUUGAAAAUUUUGCAUUUAAUUUUUUUGGUAGGAUACUUCCAAAAUAAA